AUGGAGGCUGAUAGAAUGCCAAGCGUGAGUGAGCGUUUGCAGCUUCUCAUGGACGGAAAAAAUGACGAGUCUGGUAAACCGUCUAGCACUCUAUUGGAGGUUCUGAUUAAAACUCUCGAAAAGGAAAGGAUUGCAGAAAUAGCGUCUGAAAAGGGUAAAGCAGAGGACGCUGCUGCUGCUGCUGCUGCUGUUGCUGCUGCUGCUGCAGAGUCCAACUCAUAUUACACUUCUUUUGUUCCUCAUCGUCCAUAUUCAGAUUAUUUCGAUUUUGACGGAGGACAAAUAGAUGUUGGUGCUGGUGCUGGUGCCAGUGACGAUGUGACAGCAGCACGGGGCUCUUUGUUCGACCAACAGCACGAAGAGGAAUAUCAAGACCAUGCUUCGGUUGAAAAAUCUGACAUACCUAGAGGUAAGAUAUUCGCGGACGCAGAUAGUGGCAGCCUCAUCACGAGAGAACAGGAGCGACACGAAACCCAUCAAGUCUCUGGAAGUUUCGACAGCGAGGGCGAAGAAUCGAACUACGCCGAGGGCGGCGAGCAAAGAGAAGCAGUUCAAUUGGUGAUUGACAGGCUCAACACCUUCAAGGACGAAUUUCGCGAUUUGAUUAGAAAGCUCGAUGAUGCGUCACUUGUGUCCCGCACCUCCAGUACCAGCCAAUUGGUGGACCUUGACACGAACAAACAAUCAGGCGCUGUCAACUCAAUGGUGGAUGGUAUUCUUGACACGUUGCAAUCCAUCCAGUCGGAUACAAUAAGUCGAAAAAGGCCAAGAAAGGACUAUGAAGCCGAAGACAGUAUUCCAAGAGCGACAAUCCCCUCCUCACGGGUCGCAACCUCUGUCGGCCCUACUUUCAAGGAUUUUGAACAGGACCCUUGCCAUGGUCUGACCAAUUUUGGCGUCGUGCUAAUUAAAUCUCCAACUACUGUUGCUCAGCUGUGGAACGAGUACACCAAGCUCCCUAGUGACUGGGCUUUGCCCGACUGGUUCGAGGCCGUGGCCCAGCAGCAUUCCAUCGAGUCUAACGAGGUCCGAAGUCCAGCUCAGUUGAUGAAAAGACGUACGUCAAUAAGAGAUCUCGAGAAAAGAUACGGUUCUUCGUGGCGAAACAACGACAAAAACUUCUCUAGGCAAGUCAAUCGUCGCAAGAAAAUAUGGCUGGCAAUCGAGGAAGGGCUAGAGGCCGGAAUUCCACUGCAUGAAUGUUUCAGGCUAAUGGAGUCGUACGUUAGAAAGAGGGGCAAGGGUUUAAGCUGGUAUUACAAUGGCGUUCCUUUCAAGCUUGUAGAUUUAAGAUCAUCACAAUAG